CCCGCGGGGGUGACUCGGCGUCGGGCGCGUCCCUGACCCGCGUCUGUGCCUCGGCGGGAAAAGGCUUGUUCGCCACCAAGAACAUCCGCAAAGGGGAGACUGUCUUCGUGGAGAGGCCGGUGGUGUCAUCCCAGUUCCUCUGGAAUGCUCUGUACAACUACCGAGCCUGUGAUCACUGCCUGAGGGCUCUGGAGACGGCGGAGGAGAACGCCCAGCGCCUGCUGGGGAAGAGCUCCCUGGUGCUGCCUCACCCGGAGCAGUGCAGCAUCCGGAAAGACCUGCACCAGCAGUGUCCCCGAUGCCAGGUGACAUACUGCAGUACUGAGUGCAGGCAGGCUGCUUUGGAGCAGUACCACCAGGUCCUCUGCCUCGGCCCGUCCCGGGAUGACCCCACACACCCCCUCAACAAGCUGCAGGAAGCAUGGAGAAACAUGCAUUAUCCACCAGAGACUUCCAGCAUCAUGUUGAUGGCCAGGAUGGUCGCCACCAUCAAACAGGCUAAAGACAAGGAGUGGUGGAUGAAGGCCUUCUCUCAGUUCUGCAGUAAGACAGCAAAUGAAGAAGAGGAGAUUGUGCACAAGCUGCUGGGAGACAAAUUUAAGGGCCAGCUGGAGCUGCUAAGGUUGCUCUUCACUGAAGCCCUUUAUGAUGAAUAUCUCAGCAGGUGGUUCACUCCAGAAGGAUUUCGAUCCCUCUUUGCACUCGUUGGGACCAAUGGCCAAGGCAUAGGAACCAGCUCCCUGAGCCAGUGGGUGCACGCGUGUGACGCGCUGGAUCUGCCCAUGCUGCAGCGAGAGGAGCUUGAUGCUUUCAUCGACCAACUCUACAAGGACAUCGAGAAGGAGUCAGGAGAGUUCCUCAACUGCGAGGGAUCAGGGCUCUACGUGCUCCAGAGCUGCUGUAACCACAGCUGCAUUCCCAAUGCUGAGACAUCCUUCCCGGAAAACAACUUCCUCCUGCACCUCACUGCUCUGGAGGACAUUGAAGCAGGAGAGGAAAUCUGCAUCAGUUACUUAGAUUGCUGUCAGAGGGAGAGGAGCAGACACAGCCGCAACAAGAUACUCAGGGAGAACUACUUGUUUACCUGCUCAUGUCCCAAGUGCCUAGCACAAGCUGACGAUGCUGAUGUGACAUCAGACGAGGAGGAGGAGGGCGAAGGAGAGACGGAUGAUGCUGAGCUGGAGGAUGAGAUGACUGAUGUUUGAUCCUGGCAAGAGGAAAGGGAAGGGACGAGGGAUUCCUUGGAGAGGCAGCAGCUUUAAUACUAGGAACAGGGUUGUGUUGUGGGGUCGGGUGGGCGCCGCGUGCGGGCGGCGGGCGCAGAGGUCUGUCGGAGCGGGACAGCUGCGGAGCCGGAGGCAGGCCCUGCU